AUGGACAUCACGCAUUCUCUGGUGCAUCUGAGCCGGUCGCGGUCCAGAUCAAGAACAAGAAAUUCCACAGCCAACUCGCGGUCCACGUCUUCCUCCCGGCGCCCUUCGUUAGGUGGAAAUAAGAGAUCGCUCUCGUCGAGCUCGAUCAACCGGUUUGUGAUCACGCCCACGCAGAUUGAUCCUUCCAGCGAAAAGACAAUCCCGACAAUUAACUUGAAUUUGGACAACACUUUGCCUCUUGAUUUUUUCAAGCAAGAAUUGAUCGGGCUCAUCCGCGCGUUGAGGAUCUCCAAAUGGCGCAAAGUGCACCUCUCCCCCGAGCACAUUGUGAUCUCGCGGAUCCUGGGCGCAUUGACAAACUCCAUCUACAAGAUUGAAUACAAGGACAGUGACUGUCCAGUGCAACCACCUCUGUUGCUUUUGAGAGUGUACGGCAAAAAUGUGGACAAUCUUAUUGACCGAGACUCGGAGUUGGAGACUUUGAUCAAGCUCUCGUCCAACAAGAUCGGGCCCAAGCUUUUGGGAAUAUUUGGAAACGGCCGCUUCGAGCAGUUUCUCGAAGGCUUUGUCACGUUGGGCAAGGAGGACAUCAGGGAUCCGGUAAUCUCGCAAAUCCUCGGCCGCAGAAUGAAGGACUUGCACUACAACAUCAAGUUGGACGAGCGCGAUAAGUGUCUAGAGCUCCCUCUGGCUUGGUUGCAGAUCAUGAAAUGGAUCCUGCUUUUCGAAAACAAUUUGCUUCAUGUGCUUUCCGAGAAGACCGUGGAGGAAACUUUAUUGAUGCCUUGGCUGAAGUUUCGGUCUCUAGUGUUCGCUUACAGAAACUGGCUUUUCUCUAAAUAUGACGAGACCGCGCUCUCUGACAAUUACCGCUUCUGCCAUAACGACACGCAGUACGGAAACUUACUCAUCAAGAGCACAUUCAACCCAAAAGACGUGGUACAGUCUGACGGAGACUUGCCUUCCCUCAAUACCAGCAACAGGAGAGACGCGGACCUAGCUGUCAUUGACUUUGAAUACUCUGGCGCGAACUUCCCUGCUUUCGAUAUCGCUGACCAUUUUUCGGAAUGGAUGUCUGAUUACCACGACGAGGAAAAGCCAUAUUAUAUCCACGAAGACAAAUACCCGACGCAGACGCAGCAGUUCAACUUGCUCAAGUCGUAUGUGGAAUACAACUUCCAGUUCCCAUCGUCGAACCUAAAAACGAAAACACAAUUCCGUUCUCGGACGGACGACAUCAAAAGCUUGAUGGAGCAUGAGGUGAAAAAAUUGUACAACGAGAUUAUUUAUUGGCGAGCCACGGUGCAGAUUUUCUGGCUAGUCUGGGGGCUCAUCCAAAGCGGGCCCACAAAAGACCCGAUAGAAGACCUUGCAUCCACAACUUCGGGCAAGGGUGUAUUGGGCACUUAUGAGUAUUCAACUGGAAUUGAUGCCUUGAAAAUUGCUCAAGAUGGCCCUGGUCCUUUGGAAGAGGAGGCAAUUACAUCAACAGAUGAUGAUUUCGAUUAUCUCAAGUACUCGCAGCAAAAGGCUGCGCUUAUAGUCGGGGACUUGGUUUCGUUUGGAUUGUUGCCCAUCUCCGACAUCGCCCCGCGGAACCAUAACAUGAUCAAGUUCUUGGACACGAAAUCGUUCGAUGUGUAG